GAGACAUUUUUCGGGAGGAUUGACAAAGACAAGAUGCCCGUUAAUGUCUGCCGGGACAUGCUUUGCAUUUUUACCCUGGUUACUGGACUUAUGUGUUACAUCACUGGAAUUGAGGGCAGUAAGGUAGUCACGACGGACACCAUCUUAGACCCGAGCGGCGAGGGAGUCUGCAAUGAAACAAGAUUGGUAGAGAAAAAUGUGAUUACUGCAGUGAGUUACGUGACGUCGAGACAGACCAGAUAUAAGACGUGCGGCUUGGGCUGCUUCGGUGGAUCAUGGUGUGCCUGGUGUUCAACUAAAUAUAGAACUGUGUAUAUGACAGCAUACCGUAUGGAUACCCGUCCGACAAUGAUACCGGCUAAGGUGCUGAGUUGCUGCGAGGGUUAUGUCAAAAAGGACAGAGAAUGUCGCCCAGAUUGCAUGACUUCAAAAUUAGAUUGCACGAAAAAUUGUACAAAUUGCUCCAAUGACCAAUCCUACUGCAACCAUGUUACUGGGGUAUGCCACUGCAAAUACGGUUAUUACCACCAUGGCAAUGGUUGCCAGUCGUGUCCAACAGGUUGGUAUGGGCAAAAUUGCACCCACACGUGCCAGUGCCAAGUAGAUCAGAGCUGUGACCCGCAGUCAGGUGUGUGUGCUAAGUCUUGCGAGCCCGGGAAAGCAGGAACUACUUGCAAUGACACCUGUGAACCACAGAGGUGGGGAGAAGAAUGUGCCAAAUCUUGUGACUGCUCCAGCUAUCCAUGCGACUCCAUAACGGGAGCCUGUCUGUGUGGCGCUGCGCGAACGGGGGAAAGAUGCGAAAACGCAACUUCAAACCCAUCCGAAGCGGAUCAGCAAACUAACAUCAACAAUGCCGGAAGUUAUGUCAUCAUUCCCGUUGUCAGCGUCUUGGGCGUCCUCAUCAUUGCCAUGGUGAUAAUAGGUGUGGUGUUUUAUCGCAAGAGGAAGAUGGUUAAAAGGCACGAAACAGCUGGGAAUGGAACUGAAAGUGUUAAUGCUGCAUACUCACCAGACAGUUUAUCUCAUUCAGUGCUGUCCCCAAGUGGUGAGAUAGAUAACUCCUACAUGAGAGAAAAUGACAUAUAUUCACCAGGAUGCGAUGUGGAAAUGGUAGAAUACGACAAACUGAACUUUCAAGGUCGCGUCAAGAAAUCAGGUCAAGGUCACAGCCAAGGUCAAGAUCAAAAUAUAUAUUCAAGUCCACAAACAGAAAGUCACUCCAGUGGAAUGGUGGAAAAUGAUCUUUACUCCAUGGACUGAAGGAUUUACACUAGUUUCACCGAUAUAAGACAAUUUCUAGGUGGAAGUGUGCCACGGUUGUUCGAUUCCAAUCAAAAUGUUCAAUUUGGAUAGAAAACGGGUUGGCGACACAACAUUGUCCCAUGGUUAUGUUAGCCUUUUAAGUUGGCGGUAUUAAAUCAGUGAACCUGGAGUGUAUAACUUAUUGGCUUCUGAUUGAAAAGUAGUGAAGUUACCUAUCCAAGGUCGUGAAGAAUUGAGGUCGCAAUAGUCAAGUCAAUUGACAAUGUGAAAGUACGAGUAGGCCCUGUGAUCGAGACUGAGUUUAAACGCUGCCACUGCCGAAGAGAGCAGGCCUAGGCCUACUUUGGGGCCUUAGAUGUCAGACAUCAAUAAAGUCAGGUGACUUUCCCAAGGUCAAUUCAAGAUUGGGUCAAGGUCAAAAUAGCUCAACUGCACAAAGUGAAAUUACGCUGAUAAAUGAGAGGAAAUGAACUUAAAUCAGGAAUUGAGAAUAAAUGCAGGCAGAGUGUCGUUUGAUCACGAGAUGCAAGGCCAGGAAGUGAAAGGAGUGAGGUCAAAGGUCAAAAUGUAGACUCUAUUCAAGGAAGUGAAAGUACUUCUGAGGGAAUAUCAUCCCUCAUGACAUCAAGCAAUCUUAAGAUGAUCCUAAGAUUAUUUUUAACAGAAUAUACAAUUGAAUUACA